AAAUGACAAAUAACACCACAAAAACCAAACACCACUAGCCCCAAUCCCAUACCCUCUCCCGUCAAUUCCUAUCACUCUUCUCCGUCAAAUCUCCGCCAAUCACCGCUAUGGAGAAUCAAAACCAACCCAACUCCCUGUCACAGCUCCACCCCAACCCAACUCCUCUCCGAUCAAUUCAAACCAUCCCCGUGAAUCUCCCCCCAAUCCCAGAUCUCAAACACCAUUCUAACCCCUCCAAAAUCCCCAUCCGCCCACCCAAGGCCCGUCGCCUCUCUUCACCCGACCCAUCUCAGCCCACAAUCAUCUCCCCUGACCCCACCUCAACAAACUCAACAGAAAUAACAAACUCAACAACCUCCACCACAACUGUAACAAACUCAACGGCUAUAACAACCACAAAACAAACAACAGGUAGAGGAAGAAGAGGUAAAGAGAAGAAUCAGUCACAAGCGCCAAGGGAUUAUCCCCAAAUUAUUAAACCCUUGACUGCCCCGGGUGAACUCGAAAACGCUUUGCGACAUCUUCGUAAUGCUGAUCCACUGUUAGCUAAUUUGAUUGACACUCAUCCUCCGCCUGCAUUUGAGUCUCAUCAUUCUCCGUUUUUGUCGCUGGCUAGGUCCAUUUUGUACCAGCAGCUUGCUUAUAAGGCAGGGACUUCUAUUUACAGCCGCUUUGUUGAGUUGUGUGGUGGCGAGGAGGCGGUUUUGCCUGAUGUUGUUUUGUCGUUAACAGCUCAGCAGCUUAAGCAAAUUGGUGUUUCGGGAAGGAAAGCGAGUUAUUUGUAUGACUUAGCUAGUAAGUAUAAGAGUGGGAUUUUGUCGGAUGAGACGGUUGUCAGAAUGGAUGAUAAGUCUUUGUUUACUAUGUUGUCGAUGGUGAAGGGGAUUGGUUCGUGGUCUGUGCAUAUGUUUAUGAUUUUUUCGUUGCAUAGGCCGGAUGUUUUGCCUAUUAGUGACUUGGGCGUGAGGAAAGGGAUACACCAGUUGUUUGGUUUGGAGGAGUUGCCGCGCCCGUCUCAAAUGGAGCAACUCUGUGAGAAAUGGCGUCCGUAUAGGUCGGUUGGAGCUUGGUAUAUGUGGCGGUUUGUUGAGUCGAAAGGUGCUCCGUCUCCUAGGCUGACCGUGGCGGUGGAUGGUGAGAUUCAUCAGCAGCAACAAUUGGAGCAGCAGCAACAUCAAUUGCAGCUCUUGGAACCCAUUAAUGGCAUUGGAAACCUUGGGGCUUGCAUAUGGGGGCAAUGACCAGGCAGAGAAGUGAUCUUCCAUGGAGUCCCCUGGUCCUUUCUGUACUGUACUCUAAGCAGAAUUAACUACAUGAGAAACAAAAUGUUCAUGAAAUUUCAGGCGAAGAAUUUUUUAUGUACCUUGUCAUUACUAGGCUGGCUUAUAUAUUCAGUAGUAGACCUAUGAAACUUGUAGUAACAGAUAUAUGUUGUGGAAUUGAUCAAGAUAUUUAUCUGGUUUUUGUAUCCAGUAAGCAACAUGGCUUUAGGGAUUUAAACUUAUAUAAAGCUCGACUGCGUUUGGAACCCCUUCUCAA